AUGUCGCCGACCGAGGAGCCCCGUCCCGAGUCCAUCGACGAGCAGGAGCGCGCCCGCGCCGCUGAAGGCGACAAGAAAACCAAAUCACGAAAGCCCGCCAUAAGCUUCGUCUCUGGAUGCCGCGUCACCCGCGGCCCCCCCUCUGACUUGCCCAAGACUGACCAGAAUGCCGUGCCGAAUAGACCGAUCUUAACACCGAAGAGUGUCCUGCCACUCUUCUUCAUCGUUGGCAUCGUCUUUGCGCCCAUCGGUGGAGUUUUGCUCUGGGCCAACUCCCAGAUACAGGAAAUCGUCAUCGAUUAUUCACGGUGUAGCACAGACGCACCUGUGACAACACGAGCCGACAUCUCCGACAAGGUGUCUGCCACGUUCAAAAGCUCAACCGCCAACAGCAAAUACUACUGGCAACGAUCACAAACCGAGAACGGCACCAUGUGCUCUCUAUUCUUUACGAUCCCGGAAGCGAUGGGCCCUCCCGUGUACAUGUACUACCGCCUCACCAACUUCUACCAGAACCACCGUCGCUAUGUGCAGUCGCUCGAUCUGGAUCAAUUAAAGGGGAAGGCGGUCUCCAGUGACACCAUCAAGGGCGGCACAUGUUCCCCGCUGGAUGUCAACUCCGCGGGCAUCCCGUACUAUCCCUGCGGUCUGAUUGCCAACUCGGUGUUUAACGACACGAUCAACACCCCGGUGCGUCUCGCGGAGAACAACCACACCUAUGUGAUGACGAAGCAGGGAAUUGCCUGGAACAGCGACAAGGAGCUGGUCAAGAAGACCGAGUACAAGCCCGGGGAGGUGGUCCCACCACCCAACUGGAGCUCGUAUAAUGGCACCUAUGAGAAGACUGGCAUUCCCAACUUGCAGGAGGAUCAGGACCUGAUGGUCUGGAUGCGCACAGCGGGGCUGCCCAACUUUAGCAAAAUGUCUCGCAGAAACGACACCACCGCGAUGGAGGCGGGCGAUUACCGUCUGGAUAUCAUUGAUCGAUUCCCCGUCACCGAGUACGAUGGAACCAAGUCAAUCUUGAUUUCCACGCGCACGGUCAUGGGCGGUAAAAACCCCUUCAUGGGUAUUGCGUACGUCGUUGUCGGCGGAGUCUGUGUUCUUCUAGGAGCCUUAUUUACGGUUGCCUACUUGAUUCGUCCUCGAAAAUUGGGAGACCAUACGUAUCUGACGUGGGACGCGACCAAUCAGCCAGCUUCUGCUGUGGCUUCAGGGCGCGACGAUCGAAUGCGUGCGAACGCCUAG